UGAGAAGCGUCCAAACUGUCAGUACGGCCAGAGCUGCGGGCCGUGUGGGGAGGACGGGAGCGCUGUGUCGGUGACCGAGCAGGAAUGGACAGCUCUCCCCCCUCUCCGACUCCACAUUUGGACCUGGCUAACUUCGAGGACGGCCGGGGCAGCCGCUACGUGCUGACCAGCCCCCGCUCCCUGGAGGCCUGCGCCCGGCUGGGGAUCAGGCCUGUGGAUCUGCUGCCAAAAUCCCUGCAGGAGCUGCUGGAUGAUUACCCGGAGGCCUCGGUGAGGGCGGUGGAGGAUAUGUACCAAGCCACCGAGAAAGAUCGACGCUCCAGGCUGAGGAGGUGCAGAGACCUGAGGCAGGAGCUCAUGGAGAGAGAGCAGGUGGAGAGGGUCCACAAAGAUGCUGGUGACCCAGUUCCCCAGGAAGGCAGAUCCCAGCUCCAGGCCUCCUCCACUGACUGGUGGGAUCACAGGCCUAGGAAACUGUACCAGCAGGGAAAAGGAGAAGGGCAUACAAGCCUCAGGAGGUCCCUAAGCCUUGGAGAUCUGAGUCUUGGAGACCUGUCCCACCCAGAGGUACAUGUCAAAAAGGUAGCUAAGAAGUUUGAAAGGGAAUCCAGGGUGGUAGUUUCUGAGAGAGAUAAAAAGAUUGCAGCCCUGAUGAUACUGAAACACCAAGAGGAAGAGCAGGCCAAGAAAAGAAAGCUGGUGGCAGAACAAGCCUGGGAGGAUGUGAAGUACCAAGAAAGGAGUUUUAAGAAGUUGCUGCACCAUUAUGAAAAGCUGGACGGUGAAAUUACAAAUUUAGACAAGAGCGUGAGUAAAAGCUGCAAAGGAGGCAUGUAUCUGGAUGGGCUCGCAACGAUGAGGAUGUACAGCAGUAGGGCAAGGAAGAAGCUGGCCACAGACCAGUUUCGUCCAGGCUUGGUAAAAGCCAAGCCUUCAGGGGGACAGGAUAACGUUCUUCCUGAAGAAAAGGUCAUUCAAGUCGUCAAAGCCAAAAUGGUGAGAGAAUUGCAAAAUAAAAAGAAUAUCCAGGUAAAAAACCAGUAUGAGAUGUUGCGACACUCCCAGCGGAAAGAGAUGGUGGAUAGUCAAGCGAAAGUAGAAGAACUCUUCAAGAAAAUGAGCAUCCAGCAGAAAGAGCAAAAGGCUCAGGAGCUUCAUGAGUUGAUACUUAAAGAGAGAAACCAGGGACUGAAAGAAAAAGCAGCCAGAGAGGAAGAACAGAUACUAAUGGCGAAGAUCAGGGCUGAGCAGCGACAAAAAGAGCAGAUGAAACACAAAAAGAUUCUUGUUCAACAAAAGGACCAGAAGAUCCAGCAAGCUAUAGAUUCACAGGAAAAGAACAUUCAGUCCAAAGCUGAAAGGACAAGAGUAUGGAACACGAUAAAACAGAGGAAUCACCAGCUUUUAAAGCAAAAACGAGAAGAAGAAGAGGAAAACCACAGAAAAAUGGUAGAAAAGAUAAUAAAAUUAAAAGAUAGGAAGAGUGACCAGUUAAUUAGAGAAAGAGAAGCCACAGUCGAGGAAGGGAAGAAAAUAGCCAGGGCCUCAUUUCAUAUGAGAGAUCAAAUUAGACAGAAAACGAGAAAUAGAACCUUUGACCAAAUGGUCCUAGAUGCCCAGCUUAAUGCCAGUUUGAAAUUUACUCCAUAAGUGAAAUAUGAUAUCCAGUUUACAUCGUGCCAUUAUGAUUCAGACCAUGACAAUAUUUGUCAUAUCAUAUCUUUUUAUGCCAUGAUAGAAGUUGGUUUUAACAGUAUGACGUUUUAGCCAAAUAACUGAACGAGAAACAUAGUUGACUUAAAUAUUUUUCCAGUUCAGCUACUUUAGCCUAACACUUGCAUUUUCUUGAUGAAUUCCCAAUAAUACCCAGUUUAGUUAACAACCAUAUAUGAGUGUAAGAAUGAUGGACAGUUCAUUCUAGCUGUAGUUGUGCAUUCAUCUCACUCGCAAAUGGUAAUGUGAAGUUCUUUCUAUUUGAUACCAUAAAAUGUGUUUAUUAGUGUGUUUUUACAGUUACCAUGGUGACCAGAAGAAAUGGAGCCUACAUAGUUCAGUUGAAAAAGUAUUCUCGGAUGAUCCCUGCAGGACUUUCUAAUUACAUAUCUUAUACUAAACACCAGUAUGAGUAUGAGGUCAUAGGAAGGCCUCCUGAUGUGCACUGUACCUUACUCAGAAUGCCCAUUUUUAAAUUGGUACCAAUAUCUCAUGCUGAUAGUGACUAUAUAUUCAUAAAAUAAAUAUUAAGGAAAAUAUUUAUAAAACCAGUGUAUGUAUAUAUGUGUGUGUGUACAGAGAAUUCCAGUAAACAGUAUUACCUAAUCAACCAUAACUACCCCUUACAGCCACGAUUACAGACUCCUCAAUAUCUCUAUCUUUGUAUUCCACCAUGAAUAAUAUUUGGACAUGUUUGAUCUUUAAAUGGAACAGCAAUUUACAUUUCUCCCUUAACCAUUGGGUUUAUGAUAGCCAUAGUAAUUAAUAUACCGUUAAUUUAAUUUUAAUCUAUCUGCUACUAUUUAAAAUGUAGGAGUUGACAACGUUAAGACUAUAUUAAAUGAUUCGCUUUAAAAAUUAUUACUUUUAAAUAGCAAUGUGAAAAUGUCUCAUCAUUGCUAUUAUAUUGAUACAAUUGUAUCGCCACAUCAGAAAAAUAUUUUAGUGGCAUUAUAAUGCCAUUUAUAAUGAAGGGCAUUGUUAUAGCCGUGAGUACACGACUGUAGGCGGUGUUGCAAUAACAAGGUAUAUAGCCCUAUAUGCUAAGAUGCAGGUUUAGGAAUGGUUUGAAGGCUUAGACUU